AAUUUAAUGUAAAAAGGGAAGUCAAUGCACUUUCAUGCAGUCGUGUACAGGGAGAAAAGCAGCUUUAUGUUAGACAGUGAAAGCAUUCAUAGCCAAAUAUCUUGUCUGAGAAAGAGUAUUGUCAUGGCUCCCACUUUGUUUGAUAAGAAGCCAGAACCUGGGGAUUUGAUUGAGAUUUUUCGGGGCGCCUAUCAGCACUGGGCAGUGUACGUUGGAGAUGGUUUCAUCAUCCACCUUGUCCCCCCAACUGAGACAGCACAAGCCGGUUCCUUCAGCAUGAUGUCAGUCACGUGUGACAAGGCCAAGGUGACAAAGGACGAGCUGUGGGCGGUGGUGGGGAAUGAUGAGUACCGUAUCAACAACCUGCUUGAUGACAAAUACAGACCCAGGAGCCCUAGUGCCAUAGUGAGGGAGGCCAAGAGCCUGGUGGGACAGGAGCUGCCAUACUGCGUCUUUCAAAGGAACUGUGAGCAUUUUGCUACAGAACUGAGAUAUGGGAAAGCUGAGUCACGACAGGUGCGCCAGGCUGCGGAGGUAGGAGUAGGAGCGGGAGUGGCUGCUAUGAUUGGCGUGGGAGUCCUUGCUGUUGCUGCUGCCUACUUUGCAGGCGGGAGCAAAGAAAAGAAGAACAAGCAAUAAGCUGAGGGAGCUCACAGAAAUGCACAACCAACAAGCCUUAAUUGAAUUCUGCUCGCGUUGCCAUACACUGACCUUUUCCACAUCUUUCGGAAUGGCAGUUCUGCUCAGAUUGUAGAUAGCUUCAGAUGUCCUAAUUUACAAAGUAAAUGGCAGGCAGCUAAUAUAAGAAAACAAAUGAUUUGAACUAACUGAAAAUGAGUGGUUAUCACAGUUUCUCACAGAACUUACCUCUGCACAUGUGUUUCAGUCCAUUCGUAUAGAGUCCUGUUGAUAAAACCAAAACCUCAGUAAAACUAAAAAAAGAAAAUCAUUUUAUUUAAUCUUGCAUUUGUUAUUAGUUUUUAUAUGUAAUAUUAAAUAUGAUUAGCUCAGUAUUGGCUGGGGAACUUGAUGUGCAGCUCAAUAAUGGCAGGUUCAGAUCCCAGUUUUGAAUAUCGCUGUUGUAUCCUUAUACAGGCUAUUUAACUGCAUUUACUUCAGUAAAUAUGCAGCGAUACUGAUCACGUAUGAGUUGUGCAAGUCAGUAGACAGUAACAGUAAUGAUGAAGGGCAGUAAUUAUGAAACGUGGGGAACAAGAUAAGGUCUGUAAUCAUUCUAGAUUAACACGAUGGGAAAGUAUGUUACUAUAAACCUGUAAAACAC